UCAUAGCACACUGUGUACUUGUGCAAGUGUAGUAAGGUGGAGAGCUAGCUUAAGGUUUUGUCCCACAAAUAGAUCAAAGGAAAAUGGCAAUUUCACGUCUUAUCAUUGUGGCGUUUAUGGUCACAACACUAAUUUCUGCUGCAUCCGCCGUUCCUGGGAUUGCCACAUACUACACAGUAUAUGUCCCCUCAGCAUGCUAUGGGUACCAAGACCAAGGCACGAUGAUUGCUGCAGCAAGUCCGGACCUAUAUAACAAUGGAGCAAUAUGUGGAACAAGGUUCAGCGUUUCGUGCACAGGACCUGCAGGGGCAUGUAAGGGUGGUAGCGUGACUGUGACGGUCGUCGAUCUCUGUCCUGGCUGCCCAUCGAACGGCCUCGAUCUCUCUCUUGAAGCCUUCUCUGCCAUUGCUAAUCCUGAUGCUGGGAGAAUCAACAUCGACUUCACUCAGGUUUGAAGGUUCACAGGAGAAAUUUCAAGCCAUCCAAAAUAAGAAGCUAUUUUACUCAUUAUUAGUAAACUAAAAAAAAAAAAAGGUCUUGUGCUUAUCUUUCUUUGGUUGAAUAAGAGGCAACAUGGCAUGGAAAAUGGAUGUUUUUCCAUGAAUGACACAAAGAUGGCUUGGAUAACU